CAUGCACACCAUUUACACUCUCUCACUCUCUCACUCUCUCACUUUCUCACGCUGAAGGAAAGAAGUUCGUGAGAGAUAAAAGAGUAAAAACGUGAUUUGUGAGUUAAGAAAAAAAGAGAAAAAUAGAAAAAAAAGAGAAAAAGGAGAAAGAUUAAGUGAAGAAAAAGAAGGAUAAAUAAGGAGAGAAGAAGGAGGAGAAGGAGGAAGAAAAGAACGUAGAUAGUUAAAAGCAGGAAUAGAGAGAAAGAGAAACGGAGAGGAAAAUAAAGAAAGGAAAAACAGUGUAAAGGAAAAAGAAAGGAAAUAAAUAAAGAAAAAAGAAAAGAGGAGGAGGAUUAAAAUAAGAGGAGGAGGAGGAGGAGGAGGAGGAGGAGGAGUGGAAAGGAGAAAGUAAAAAAGAGAAACCAGAGAAUAGUGGAGGAGGAGUAAAAGAAGAAGAAGAAGAAGAAGAAGAAGAAGAAGAAGAAAAAAAAGAAGAAGAAGGAGAAGAAGAAGAAGAAGAAGAAGAAGAAAAAGAAAAAGAAGAAGAAAAAGAAGAACCAGAAGAACUAGAACAAGAAAAAGAACAAGAACAAAACCAAGAAGAAGAAGAAGAAGAAGAAGAAGAAAAGGGUGGGAGAGUAGUGGAGUGUAAAUAAGAGACACAGACACACGAACACACACACACGCAAGGACGAGAAAAAAAAGAAAAAAGUAAAGAAGUAAAGUUAAGUGGAGGAAUUAAAGAGAAAAAAAGAACGUGGUGAAAGACAGAGAAAGUGUAAUUUGGUGAAGUGAAACUAUAACUACUACUACUACUACUACUACUACUACUGUUACUGCUACUCCUCCUCCUCCUCCUACUACUACUACUACUACUGCUACUACUACUACUACUACUUCUACUACUACAACUCCAAUAAUUACUACUACUACUACUACUACUAUUCAUGGCCACCGUUACCCAGCUACUACUACCACCACUACUACUACUACUACUACUACUACUACAACUAUCAGGCUUCAUACAUGGUCAGAGGAUCAACGUAAACCGCGGGCUGCAGCGGCCGGGUCUGGUGGGGGGUCGCGGCCCCCAGCGCCCCGCGGGUCCGGGGGGCGGCGUGUUCCUCAACCCUGACUUCCCCAAGGAGCUCAUCACGCCCGGUCCGCCCGCCGUCCCCGCGCCCCCCGCCCCGCCCCUCGAGCCCGGCAACCCCAACGACUUCCGCAACCCAGCCUUCCCCGGCAGCUUCCCCUCCAACACUCUCAACCCGGACUUCCCCGGCUUCCCCCCCCUCGCCGGCCCCGCGCCGCCCGUGGUGCCCGGCCGGCCCCCGGGCGGCUCCUCACCGGGCUUCGCCAUCCCGGGCCGCCCCGGCCAAGGCAUCUUCGGGCCCGGCUUCCCCGGCUUCCCCGCCCAGGGCCUGCCCGAGGAGGACGAGGAGGGCGGCGACGAGGAGGGCGAGGAGGGCGAGGGCCUGGUGCCGGCGGGCGGCGUGCAGCCCGGCACGCUCACCUGCUUCUCCUGCAAGCUGGACUUCCGCAAGGCAGAAUACCAGUGGAGCCACCCCUGCCUGGGCCGACACAACGGCCUCAACGUGAGCACCGACUACCUGGUGGUGUGCGGCCCCAAGGACAACUACUGCAAGGCGGAGCGGACGGAAGUGAACGGCGUGCUCAUCUACCUGGCCAGGGAGUGCACGGACACCUGCCAUUUCGGGUGUCGGCCACGGGGCUUCGGCAUCAGCUCCGAGGCCUGCUCCAAGUGCUGCCAGACCCCCGCCUGCAACCACAUGUACCCGCCCAGCCACGCCAGCCCCGGCACAGCCCCGUCCAUGAUAUUGGUGGCGGUGGUGGUGGUGGUGAUGGGGGUGGUGGCGUGAGACAGAUAGAUAGAUAUAUAUAGAUAGAGAUAGAUUGAUAGAUACAGAUAGACAAAGAAGUAGACAGAUAGGGGAGAGAGAGAGAGAGAGAGAGAGAGAGAGAGAGAGAGAGAGAAUGCCCAAUAAUAUCUAGUCUAUUUUGUACAUUAAUUUCUCGCAAUACCUCUCACGGGAGCCUGUCUACGCGAGGCCACUGACUGCGAAAUACUCAGCUUCGUCCACCUCCGCUAGCUUAGAUAUAUACUGUAGGAGAGAGAGAGAGAGAGAGAGAGAGAGAGAGAGAGAGAGAGAGAGAGAGAGAGAGAGAGAGAGAGAGAGAGAGAGAGAGAGAGAGAGAGAGAUAA